AUGGCCGAACGUCAGCAAACAUCAACCAGGGGAGGAGGCCGCGGUGGACGUGGUGGAGCACGCGGCGGUCGUUCCCGUGUUCGGGCUAAUAAGUAUAUCCGGGAUUGUUUAAGAACGAGACCGGUCGAUUCCAAUGUUACGAAGCAGGGUUAUACCGGGGAACGUAUAAUGGUGCAGACGAACUACUAUCGGGUGGCUCGUAUGGAGCACGAAAGUAUUUUCCAGUAUCGAGUCGAUUUCAGUCCACCUGUGGAGAGUGGCAAGCUGAUGAGUUCCUUGAUCUACACCUUGAAGCAGACCAUUGGAGGUUACAUUUUCGAUGGAACUCAGCUGUUCACACGCCACAAGCUGAAGAGCGAUGAAAUCGAGGUGACCACUAAAGACGUUCGCACCGAUCAGCAGUACUUGAUCAAGAUUCGGAAGGUCGGCGUAAUUGACGGAACCAACGAAACGGCUUUGAUGAUCUUCAACAUGAUCAAUCGGAAGGCCAUGUCCGGUUUGAAGUUACAGCUGAUUGGACGCAACUUUUUCGAUCCGGAAGCGAAGGUCGCCAUCAACCAGUUUGGUAUUGAGCUAUUACCGGGAUACGUGACCAGUAUUCGACAGCACGAGCAGGACAUCCUGAUGUGCACUGAACUGACGCAUCGUGUGAUUCGAACAGACACGUGCUAUAACUUGUUCAAGAGUUGCUUUGCCAGCGGAGGAAAUUGGAGGGACAACUACUCGCGAACGAUUUUGGGAACAGUUGUGAUGACCACCUAUGGGCGGAACAAAACCUACACGGUCAACGAUGUUGAGUACAAUACCACGCCGGAGAGUACCUUCGAGACGCAGAAUGGAAAGAUCAGCUUCAUGCAGUACUUCAAGGAGCGGUACAACAUAAUAAUCCGGGAUCCACGACAACCGAUGUUGGUGUCUCGGUCAAAGCCAAGAGACAUUCGAGCUGGGUUACCGGAGCUAAUCUACCUGGUGCCGGAGUUGGUUCGAAUGACCGGAAUAAACGAUGAUAUGCGGAAGAAUUUCAAUUUAAUGAAAGCGAUGUCCGACCACACUCGUCUCGCACCGGAUCGUCGCAUCGAGCGUUUGGAAGUGUUCAACAGACGUCUUCAACAGUGCCCGGAAAGUGCCGAAGUGUUCAAGUUUUGGAAAACCGAGCUGGACCGUCGUCUCGUGGAAGUGCCAGCUCGUGUCCUCAGACCGGAAACCAUUAUGUUCCACCCGCAACAAGUCAACUGUGCCGUCUCGGCAGGAGACAUGGCCGAGUGGCAGAUGGCCUUCCGUAAAAACCCGAUGUACCUGUCGAUUGCACUGACUAAUUGGUGUGUGAUCGUACCGGCCAAUGCAGAAAAACUAGUAGCCGAUUUUGUACAGUGCCUUCGCCAGGCUGCUCGCGGAAUGCGCUUCCAGAUCGAGGAACCACAGCAUGUCAGUAUUCCUACGGAUUCGACGCCUAACUACGUCAACAUGCUUAACCAGGUUCUGCAACGGGAUCCGCAGCUCAUCAUGUGCCUGGUGAGCAACGACAAAGCUGAUCGUUACGCGGCGAUUAAGAAAAAGUGCUGCGUCGAUCGAGCCGUCGCUACCCAGGUUAUCAAAUCGAGGACGAUCACACCAAAAGGAGGUAAUGUCCGGACGCUUAUGUCGGUCGCUACGAAAGUUGCCAUCCAGUUGAACUGUAAACUCGGUGGUAUCCCUUGGAUUAUGAAGAGAUCCCUGCAGUCGGUGAUGGUGAUUGGCUUCGAUGUGUGCCACGAUAGCAGGGACAAGUCCAAGUCUUACGGGGCAAUGGUCGCCAGCAUGUACAACGAACGAGUUCAACAUCCUAGUUUCUACUCUACGGUCAAUCCUCAUUCCAGUGGCGAAGAGUUGUCCAACUUUAUGGCCCUGAACGUGGUGAAAGCGAUUCGGUCCUACAGUGAUGAUUUCGGAGGCUCACUUCCACAACGGAUCAUCAUCUAUCGCGAUGGAGUUGGCGAAGGACAACUGCAGUACGUCUACGAACACGAAGUCAAUGCCAUCAAAGCCAAACUCCAGCAAGUCUACAAAGACACCCCAAGUCGAAUGACGUUCUUCGUGGUUAACAAACGCAUCAACACCCGAUUGUUCCACCAGAAGCGGAAUCCCAAACCCGGUACCAUCGUAGAUGACGUCAUUACCCUCCCGGAAAGGAACGAUUUCUAUCUGGUUUCGCAGAGCGUCCGCCAGGGAACGGUUUCUCCGACUUCCUACAACAUUCUGUUCGACGAAUCCGGACUCGAUGCCGACAAGUUGCAGCAGUACACCUUCAAGCAGACGCACCUGUACUACAAUUGGUCCGGUACGGUAGGGGUUCCGGCCGUAUGCCAGUAUGCCCACAAGCUGGCCGCAUUCGCCGGACAGUAUCUGCACCAAGCACCAAAUGCUCUGAUGGAGAAGAAGCUGUACUAUCUAUAA